AUGUAUCAGGAGUUUGAGACGAAUGAGGACUUUAAGUACUUGGCAAACUCAUCACCUGGCAAUGAGUUGCAGGAGGACUCUGAGCAUUUGAUAACAGUGUCCUUGUCGGCUGUGCAGAAGAACUCACCUCAGUACAAUGGCAUAUCACAACAGUUUGAUAUUACAUUCAACACUCUGCUAUUCAAUUGCAACAAGAAGAUCGUCGUCAAGCUACUCAACAUGAUACAGUCCAUUGAGACAACGAUCAAGGAGACGAUAUCCAAGCCCAAACCAUCACGUAACCAACAGCAUGGAGGCAAGGAGACGUUCAAGGCCGAUAAGAACAACCCAAAGAUCGUCAUUGCCAUCAAGAUGCGCUCGCUCAACGUGCACUUGAACGAGGACGACGAGGCCUACUUUGCAUUCGAGGUCAAGAACCUCCAGCUCAACUUUGACAUUGACAUUGAGUCGUCGAUGAUGCGAUUCAAGCUGGGCAACCUGCUGGUCACGGACAUCAGUCGUGACGCGUCCAAGGAUCUCGGACCACUGUUUGGCACGGAUGGUGAGCAUAUUGUCGAAGUGUAUGUCAUGUCCUAUUCAUCGAUUGAGAAGGACACUACCAUCAGUGUAAGAAUGUCAUCCGUCAAGCUUAUAGUCAUCCGGCCACUCGUCGACCGUCUUGCCAAGUACUUUGAGGACUUUGAUCUCAACAAGAUGUCCACCUCACUCUCUGAGAGCGCCAAGGGUGCCGUGGAAAGGAUGCACGAGAGUCACAAGAAGUCACGUGUACUGUUUGAGAUUGAUGUCAGCUCCCCAAGGAUCAUACUUCCAAAGAACUUGGUGUCACCUUAUGUUCUCAUUGCUGAUCUUGGCCACAUAUCUGUGUUCAACAGCUACUCCAACUCUUUGGAGGAUCCAUCGAUACAGCUGGAGGAGAUAUACAUUUAUGCAUCGUCGAUGAACUUCCAAUCUUGUAAGUUCCAGUCGGGCAAGGUCAUGGAGGACACGAUCGAGAAGCUGUCCAACCUCGUCAACAUGUAUGUCUGCAUCGAGACGUUCAUCGAGAGCUGUCCCACAUCCGACUCGCCCAAGCAAAAGGUGCUGGGUGAGCUGAGUCCCGUGUCCAUCAAGAUCACCGACCAGCAGUACAUCCUGCUGAUCUCGAUCAUCAAGUCGCUGGUGGAGCCCACCGUCAAGCGUAGGAAGAAAAAGAUACGCACGUUCCAGCGACUGGAGAAGCACAACCUCGACGCACAGCAAGGCACGCCCGACAUCAAGGACCAGAUUUCGUUCCGGCUGCCCCUCAUCCAGCUGGAGAUCUAUCGCAAGAACAACAGGGAGUCGGUCGUAUCGUUUGAGAUCGAUCAGCUGGACUUCUCCAUGAUCGAGUACGUCAAUGACAGCGAGUACACAACACUCUCGAUGAACUCGAUCGAGCUGAUCGACACGCGCAAGUCAUCCAACAACAACUUCAAGAAGUUACUCUAUCACUCCAAGGAGCACAAGAAGAAGGAGUUGACCGUCUACAUCUGCGAGAAGAAGAAUGGCAACACAGAGCUCAAGAUCACACUCGACCACUUGCGAGCCAACAUCGUUCCCGAGUCAAUCAUCGCAAUGAUUGACUUCAUCAUGCCAGGCGUCAAACUACUGACAUCAUUGUCAGAGAUUGAGACGCCUGUGCUGUCACCAUUGGUCGUGCCAGAUCCAGGUAGCACAGAGAUGGUGAUACCUCAGUUGUUGAUGCGCAAGUCACCAGUCAAGUUGAUAUUGGAUGAGGCCAAGGCCUCCAAUGCAGUGAUCAACAAUCCACAGAUAAUGGUACAUAUCGAGGCAACAAAGAUCGAGCUAUGUCUCGUCGAGAAUCCAACCAGGGUGGAUAGCCGCGCGCUCAUUGCCAAGGGUAACCUGCAGGGCAAGAUCUCGAUAAUGACUGGCACGCUCGACUACACGGACAUCCACAUGUGCUUCGAUCGUCUAGAGGUGUUCAAGUGUCGCAUGGACCAGGCCCAUCAGACGGCAGUGUCCAUCAUCGAUCCAAUGUCGAUCACACUCACCAUUGCCAAGGUGGAGGGCGAGGAGUCCAACCUGCCCCAGGACAUCAUCAUCACAGCCGAGCCCCUACGCAUCACCUUCUCCUUCCAAGACUACCAACUAUGUCACGCCGUCUACAACAGCAUCAUGACACUAUCUCAGUCACUGUCAACACUGACGGCGCAGAACCAAGAGCCAGAGAAGCCUCCAAAAGAGACCGCACUCACUCUGAACCUCUCACUUGCCGACGCAUCUGUGACCCUAAUCAACGACCAUGGAGUUGGUUACCAUGGCGUGGCCGAUGUCAAGAUCAAGAACCUUUUGAUGGAGAUCAAAGAGAACAAGGUAUUCUUGCUUGUAUUCUUUGCAGCCAACUACUUUAACACAUCGACAUCGAGCUGGGAGCCACUGUGCGAGCAAUGGGGAUUCAAGAUGUGCGUGGAGCACGUCAAGGACAUCAACACAAAGACAAGCGUUGUUUUGACAUCCAAUAACACACUCAACAUCAACGUGUCCAAGGCAUUGCUGGACAUCAUGCAGUCAUCGUAUCGAACAUUCAGCAAGAUCUACAACGACCUGCAGAUGCUCACCAAUAUCCAAGAGUUCAAAUUGCCGGCAGCCUUGGCAACAGCCACUCCCACAUCAUCGCCACUUGUCACUCACACAUCUCGCUCACUCAAGGCGUCAAUGGAGUUGAAUGGCAAUGCUCUUUUGACGUUCGUACUCAAGAAUGAGACGGGACUGCCUCUCACAUGGUCAAUCGAUGCCACAUCCAACGCCGCAUCUCAGGAUAUGGGCGACAUCAACAAGGCGACUGGCUCGGUAGAGACGGGCGCAGAGAUCACAUUCGCCCUGCAAGAGCCUUCCAAGAAGACGAGAGACGCAACAUCGAUAUCGACGUACAAGAUCAACUUUAAGCUACCUGGAUUCAAACAGAUCACUCAUCUCCCAGUCGACAAGAAUGUCUUCUAUGUGCUCGACCUUCAAUCAGAGACCGCGCCCGCCUUGGUCGACCCGGCCACCCGGCCCCCACCAGUGGUCACGGCCCCAGGCCAAGUGGAUGACAGUGUGGGCGAGUACGAUCAGAAGGUUGUCUAUGAGAUCAUCUCGUCGCUGGGCAGUCGAGUGAUCGUUCUGCGAUCAAACUAUCUCCUGGUCAACGAGACUGAUCAUGACCUGGAUUUUGUGUGGCCCUCCCGUAAGGACAUGCUGCACAUCAACGCGCAUCAAUCCAAGGCGUUGCCACUGAUCAAUCAAGACCCGACCAGGGCCAAGUUUGAGUUCUGGGACUCCACGAUGCGACACUACAGCGAGCAGAUACCCUUCACAAAGGGACCGUCUGUGCGCAUCAUCCAGUUCCCCCCGAUGCGCUACUACUGCAUCCAGGUCGACAGCCACAUGUUUGGCAAGUACCUGAUGAAGGAGAGCGAGCCAGCCAGCGCAGGGGACCAGACCGCCGCCGCCGACAAGUAUGAAUACAACGACGACAUACUCAAGGACCACAUGAUCAAGAUCUCCGUGCCAUUGGUGAUUGAGAACGCGCUGGCGUCAACCAUGUCCUUGCGCCUCCAGUACCAACGCGCGUCUAAGGUGCUGGAGGAGAUGGUGGUCGAGAGCGGACACUCGGUCAACGUGCACACGAUGAACACCGAGAGCAUACUGAUGAUGCGCAUCAAGACCGGCGCCUAUGAGUGGUCCAACCUGUUCCAGAUCAAUCUGUCCACGAAGGAAUCGAUCGAUCGCCAGCUGAUCACCCUGGUCGACAAACAGGACAAUAAGCUCGCGGUCAAGCUCGAGCACCGCACCAUGGGAGGGUCGAUCGUGCUGUCUCUCUACACUGACUUUUGGAUCGUCAACCGUACGGGCAUGAGCGUGUGCUACAACAACAUCUCGAACGAGUCGUCCCAGUUGCUGCGCUGUGAGGGCACACCUGACGUUGUGGACAUUAAUCAGAACCCGCGUCUCUGGUACAAGGACCUGCACGCACCUAUACCCCCGCCCAUGAUGUUCUCGACGGGCCACUACGAAGCCAAACAAUCGAUCACCUUGCGCAUCGACAACUCUGAAUGGUCCGAGCCCAUCCAGCUCAACUCAAAGCAGCCGUCAGACAUCAACAUCGAGAAGAAGGUGUCUGGACAGUACGUGGGGCUGCAGUUUGCCGCGACAGUUUCCACGUCCAAGGAGUUCUUCCGCACACAUCAGAUCACACUCUCUCCCAAGUACAUCAUAAUCAACAACUUGCCCGUUCGACUAUACUAUGGCCAAAAUCAGUCCUCAAUCUUCAACAAUGGCGAUGGCUACUUUGUGGAGCCCAAUGAAAAGCUUCCAUUCCACUUCCUGGACAGACAUCAGCCACAGCAGCUCUCAGUCCGUCUCGCGCCCACAUGUCCGUGGAGCGGUGCAUUCACGAUCACCAAGUCAUCGAUGCUACAUCUGCGCCUGUCCACACAGGACAGCCCAGCGACAGGCGACCAAGUCUACCUGCCACUCGUCCAGAUCUUCAUGGAGAAGAACUACUUCUUCAUUGUGUUCAAUCCAGAGUCUCGCCAGUUCCCACCCUACCGCAUCGAAAACCUCACGACACUGCCAAUCAGCAUCAUGCAGAAGGACUCGCUGAUCCAGCACCAAGUGGACAGCGGCAAGUCGAUCAGAUACACAUGGGACUGUCCUAUGCUGCCCGCAUUGCUCGAGGUCAAGAUCCCCACGACCAAGUAUUCCAAGACAUUCUCGUUGUCCAAGUUAUACGAGUCCAGCUCGCCAGUGUCCAUCAAGCUGCCCUCUGGCGACGUUGCCCACAUCAAGUCGGUCAUCUAUGCAAAUGGCACGUCCAAUAUCCUGCAGCUUAUUGAUGUAGAUCAGGAGGUGAACAGUCCGAAUGGACGACGAUGGUACACUGCUACACCCGACAUCAAGCCCCUGAUCUCGUUCGAGGCACUGUUGGGCUGCGUAACGCUCUCGGUCAUUGACGCCGACCCCAAGGAGCUGCUGUUUGGCACGUUCACAGGCAUUCACCUGUCAUUCGACCAGACUGCGCUGGCUGAGCAAUCACUCAAUCUAUCGGUCAACACGGUCAAGAUUGAUAAUCAACUUUACAACACACCUUACCCAGUGUUGUUGUGUGCACUAGUUGACAAGAACCACAAGUUUGUCGAGCCCAUGGUAUCCAUUGCCUUCUCCAGAUCCAACAGCCACGAGUACAAGAAGGAGGAGAAGUCUAGCAUCGAGUACAUCAAGCUACUCAAGUUUGAUGUAGCACCUCUCAAGAUCAAGAUAGACGAGGCCCUCCUCUUCAACAUCUACAACCUUGUCAACAUGAUUGAGUUCUCCUCACCACAAAGGAGUCAAUCCGAUACUGGAUUCAUUCCAACACCAGAGACAGUGGACUCUAAGCGAUUAUACUUUGAACACUUGUCAUUGCCCCCAAUCGACAUUAGUAUCAGCUACUGUUCGUCAGCAUACUCUAGCGCGAUGAUGGGAUCAAAGUACACUGCAUUGGCCAACAUUGAGAACGCCCAACUGCACCUUUUGGCAUGGGACCUCGAUCAUCAGUUUGUGACACAGGCUGCCUUGUCAAACGCGUUGAUCAAUCAUUUCUCGUGGAGCUUCCUGCGAUUGGCCUUUUACUCGGACAUCUUUGGCGCGCCCGUCUCACUCGGCUACAGCAUCAGUCGUGGUCUCAAUGACUUUUACAAUGAGUCCUGUGCAGGACUCAACAAGAACCAGAUCCGUCGCGGACUGGUGCAAGGAACGUCUUCACUGCUUAAGAAUUCAUUCUAUGGAAUCUUCAACUCGGCGGGCAGACUCACUGGCACGCUCGGCUCAUUCAUCGCGCCACUGUCAAUGGACAACCAUUACAUUCAGUCAAGGAACAAGUCAGACCGCCAUCUCAAGCCGAACGUGGGCUCAGGCCUCAAAGAGCUGCUCAAUAGUUUCAGCUUUGCCCUCGCGGGAAUCGUCAAGCCUGCACUGAAUGGCGUCAAGCGGAUGGACCCAACAGAACUCGUCAGCGUCACAAAGGGCACGUUGGGCGCCGGUGUGAAACUGGGCGUUGGCGUGAUCGACCUGAUGAGCCACACCAGCCAGGGCGUAAGGAACAUGUUCCGCGACGUCGACGAGAACUCCUAUCAACUUCGAUCAAGGUCGCCGCGAUUCAUUGGUGCGGACCAAGUUGUGGACACAUUCGACCCGCUCAAGUCAUUCUGGCAGGAGCAGCUGUGCAUACUCAAUCAGAGCACGCCAAUCGCCUCUGGUGAGUACUAUCAGACGCACAUGGAGUACUUUGAUCCAACCAACCAGCAGCCUCACUAUCUGUUGCUGUCCAACAAAUGUCUGUAUCUGCUGAACGAGCCGCUGCCCACGCUCGAGUGGUGGAUAUCACUGUCGUAUCUUGGCAUUCGACUCAUACCCGAGGAGAAAAAGAUCGUCAUCGAUGAUCUCAAGACUGGUCAGUUCCGAGUGAUUGGUGCACACAACAUUGAUGGCCAAGACAUCUCUGCCGACAUAUUCACAACGAUCAAUGAUCAUUUGGACCUAUUGUUGGCACCUUGA